CUUAUAACCUCCUCCUCCAUCAUUUCUCAUCUCUCCUUCAUUGUGACAUUCACAACUUCAACAACUUGUGCAAGUCUUGCUCUUUCCUCCUUCUUCACUUCUCUUUGUACUUAACACUAUUUGUUCACCUAUGUCACCGGGCUGGGAGAUGGGUUUCGCUUCAUCAGCACCGUCAUUUAACAAAUCACAUUCAACUUCUCCGGCGUACCUUUAUGAUCUACCUUCAUCCGAUACCCUUCGUAUCGAUGAUUUACUCGACUUUACCAACAACCACGAGGAUUUUCUCCUUUCAUCAUCUGCCACCACAGACUCUCAUAGUCUUCCUCCUCCAGAUCCUUCCUCCUCUUAUCCUUCUGAUUCCUCCAAUAUCUACUCUUUUCCUUCUUCCACCACCACCACCUUCCCCGACGAUCUCUACAUUCCGAGCGAAGAAGCUGCGGAGCUCGAAUGGUUGUCAAGAUUUGUGGAUGACUCUUUCGCUGAUGUACCACCUUCUUCUAUCUACACACCAAUUUCCAACCAACAACAUCAACCCAACCAACACCAACACCACUAUCAGCAUCAACAGCAGCAGCAGCAACAACAUCUUCUUAUUGAGCCGUGCUCGGCACCGGGCCGAGCACGGAGCAAAAGAUCAAAAGCAAACUCAUGGUCAAUGGCAUCUCAAUCCUCUUCCCCCUCCACCUCUUCUUCCUCUUCCGAUCUUCCAUCUCAUGCAGGUAAAAAAGACACCAAUAAUUAUAAUAAUAAUAAUAAUAAUGGAAGCAUUAACUCUAAAGGAAAGAGUUGUGCUGCCGGAGGAGAAGCAAGCGGCGGCGGCGGAGGAGGAGGAGUUCGGAGAUGCACGCAUUGUGCGUCGGAGAAAACACCGCAGUGGAGAACAGGGCCAUUAGGACCGAAGACACUGUGUAAUGCAUGUGGAGUCCGGUAUAAGUCCGGCCGGCUAGUGCCGGAGUACCGGCCGGCGGCGAGCCCAACCUUUGUGCUCACACAACAUUCAAAUUCUCACCGGAAAGUUCUGGAACUCCGCCGCCAAAAAGAGCUCGCCGCCGCAAGAUCGGAGCUUCUCUUUCAUGACUAUGAGGUCUGCUGACGUCAUUGGAGUGUGUCUCUUUGUCUUUGGUUAAUCGGACGGCUGGGAUUUGUUGAUGAAUCAUCUUC